AUGUGCGCCUUCAGUGUGCACGUUCUCUUCGCGCUGAUCGCGUUGAUGACCAUCUUUCACCGUGUCGACUCCUCUUCAAUUGCGCUAGAGGACCUCGAGCGGCUCUUACUGAUGCCUAUUGAUGACGUCGCAGAGGCUUCUCAUCCGGCAAGUAGCAGUCUGAAUCUAGAUGGCAGCUGGGAAGACAUCCUCCACCAAAACAACCUAAUCGCUCCACAGACCAAUGGAGCUCAUCAGGUCCCCAUCGAGACCCAACCCGGCAGUCCCUUUGUUGAAGCUACGACGAAGUCUCAUCCGACCGGUCGAAGCCUCGAGCUGGAUGGUAGCUGGGAAGACAUCCUGCACCAAAGCACCCGGAUGGUGCCGCAGGCUGCUGAGCCUCACCAGCCGAUCGCUGCACCUGAAAUCCAUCCCGGACAAGUUGCGGGUGCAGCAGCUGUUUCCUUACCGCCUCUUCUCGACAAUACCCUCGACCAGCGACUCCGGAGGCUCACGACGGUCAAAGACUAUUUCUACUUGCGCAUCCGAGCCGCACUCCCUAGUGGCGAAAACUUGCUCGUCGCCCAUCGAGGCGCCCUCGAUCAGGAAGUAUUCAGUCUGAUUGCCACUAAGCUCGCCGGUGUCGACCGUAGGCAUGGCAUGUAUCCGAUUCAGAUCGGUGCAGAGCGAUACCUGCUCGAACAAGCAAGGCCGACCUCGCACGACUUUCGAGUGCUGAACGGAUUCAAUGUCCAGGAUCGUUGGCACAUCUGGUACGGCGUUUACCAUGAAAUCGGCCGAGUGGGUACGAAGGGGACCUUCAGCUACGUGGGUGCGUUCCGUGGACCGUAUGCCCAGGUCAACACACCGUUUCGUGACCGCGAGCUGGGUCCGACUGCGGUCAAGCUAUCUGACAUCCGAGCUCUGAGCGGGUCCACAUUCGAAGCGCAGGUACAGCCAUACUCUUGA